AUGAUGGGAUUGACUUCCAUAUACGCAGAAAGAGGGCAUUUACAAGGAACUAAUAACAGAUAUAAUAAAACCUCAGAGAACUCUGAUAAAAACUCCAGAAUUUUAGAACGAAUAGAAGAAUCUAACAAAAAGUAUAGUCUAAAAGAUUUAAAUAAUGCGAUUGAAGCAAAAUACAAUAAAAAUCGUCAUAAAGUAUAUGAUGAUGCAUUGAAGAAAGAUAAAAUUAAAAGUAUUCACCAUAAUAAUAGGUGCAAAAAUGAUACCACUAACACCAUCAUCGCUACAACUACCACUGCUAAUCUUAAUAAUGCUAUAGAUAUGACCCUUUCUAGUGCUAUUGGAGAAUCUGUGGCUAGUAAUAGACUGGCAGAGACAAAUACGGAUGGACCAAUUAACAGUGAUCAUGAAGAAGAUAUUUUAAUGGAAGAUAUAUCAGAUGCAAAUGAUAUUCAAAUGGUUUCUAAUUAUUUGACCCAACAAAGAUUAUUGUCUUCUAAUAAUGCAAAUUCUUCUAAUUAUAUACAAGAGUUUCACAACAAUAAUUUCCUACCAAAUAAUGAUAUUGCAUUAGAACCUACUAAGUUACAAACUGUUUAUGUAAUAGAUACUAAUUUUAUUAUAUCACAAUUACAAACUUUAGAAGGAUUAAGACAAUUAAGUCAAAUUUAUCACCAUGUAUUAGUCGUACCAACAACGACAGUGGCAGAAUUAGAUGGUUUAAAAAGUUCCACUUCCACUACCAUUGCUAGACAUGCCAGAGCUGGUAAUAUGUGGUUAUAUAAAAAUUUAGCUGAAGCUAACUCUGGUAUCAUAGGACAAAAAUUGAGACAAAGAUUAAAUCCUAAUACUUACAAAGAUGAUUCUAUAUUAGACUGUUGUCUAUAUUUCAAAGAAAAAUUGGGUUGCUUUGUAAUUUUACUUUCUAAUGAUAAAAAUCUAUGUUUGAAAGCUUUAACAGAAGAAAUAUUGACUGUCUCAUAUCGUGACGGGAUGACUAGCGAAUUAAUUGCAAGUAAAUCAUAUCAAGAAAAUUGUGCUAGAUUUGGUAAUAAUACUAUGUAUCUUAAUUUACCUUAUGAAAAUAAUAAUAACGAAAUUUAUGAUAACAUAUAUUUACAAAAAGCAGUGAAUGCAACAGAAAUAAACAAUUCAAACACUGAUGAGCAUCUAAAUCCCACCCCAAUGUUUGCAUCAAUGACAGUAGCGGAAAAAGCUGAAGUUAUAUAUAUGGAUAUUCAAUUUGUUGUCACCACUACCAUCAAAAGCAUUAUGAAUGAUGAAUACGGUGGAGAUUUACCAUAUAUUGAUUUCAAGGAAGAACAAUUGAAAACUUUACAAGAUUGUUCUCAUUGCAUUUAUAGCCACUGGAUUUCAGUAUUCUCUGAUUAUUUUAGACAUAGUAAAAUAAAAAGAGAGGAUUGGAAAAAACUUCCAGUUUGUCUAAUAAGCAUCCCUAAAUCACAAGAAGAUAUUGAUAAUAUGAUAUUUUUCUGGCAAGAUAUUCUUGAAAAUCUUUUUAUUAAAAAAAGCGAACAAGAGUAUCAUCAACUGAAGGAAUAUUUCUUCAAAUGGAAACAAUUUAAAAAUAAAUGA